UGUCAGUGAUGAUGAAAUGUUGUUUGCUUUGUGCACAAAACUUCCUUAAGCCUUUAAUCCCCACCCACUGCAACAUAUGAGGGCUGCACGUUGUAGUAUUGUAUUUGAAUCCUUAGAGCCAUUCUCACAAACAAACCCCUGCAAAGACGUGAGGCCUGUUGUCCAAGUAUGACCAUGUCCAACAUGACAGCUGCAUGCUUUCUGCUGGUUCUAAUCGGUUGCAUCAGUGCGCAGUUUUCGCACCCGGGACCGUGGGAAAUCAUUAACCGUGACAGGAGUAAGCGGAUGAGCUGCACUGUGGACUCUUCAGUGACCCUCUCCUCCACUGCUCUUCACUGGUACAGAGCCAAACCUGGAAAGGCCUUGCAACGCAUUUUGUACUUUGCAGCUGGAGCUUCAACAGGCACCAGCGAGAAUGAAUGUUUAAGCAGAUGUAACGGUGGUAGAAAGGGAAAUAUCUUCACUCUGACCAUCACAAAAGUAAACGACGACGACGCGGCCACUUACUAUUGCGCGCUGUGGCGCGGUGGGAAUGAGAAAGUCUUCAGCUCCGGCAUCAGACUGUAUGUUACAGAUGGUAACACAAAGGUUCCCAAAGUGUCCGUGUACCAAGUGUCCAGGCCACAAUCAAAUGGAAAGCGUGUGUUGCUGUGCCAGGCGAGAGGCAUGUUCCCGGACCUCGUGAAAUUCACAUGGCAAGCAAAAGGUCAGGGGGGAGAAACUGUAGAGCUGAAAGAUGAUGAGCAGCUGGAGCAGAGAGAUGAGGAUCAGGAGGUCAAAAUAACCAGCAUGCUCAUUGUAGACGAACAGAAAGUGAAGACCAAUACAUUCAUCUGCUCUGUUCAACACGGGGUCAGCAAUAAACAGAACGUCAACACACCACAAGAUGAAGAGAAACCUGAUGCUGAUCCUGAUCCUGUCCCUGUUAAACCCUGCCCAACACCAAAAGAAAAGGAGCAAGAAGAAAAAGAAGAGGAGGAAGAGGAAACACCUAUACAUGGUGUGUUUGAGCUCAGACGCAGUCUGUAUCUGUUCACUGUGACGUAUGUGAUACUGCUGGUGAAAUGCGUACUGUAUUUCUGCACCGUCUUGCUCUUACUUUACAAAAGAAACACUGCAAACAAGGAGAUGCUCGGAAGCAAGACUCGUUGAUCACCCCAGAAUGAAACACCACACCAAGAUUUUUCAAGACAACACACAUUUAGCACAUUAUUUUCCUAUGUACAUUGCAACAUGUUUGUCUCAGUUACUCUGAUUAAUUACAAUAUUAAGUAUUUGGAUAAGUGAUGAGUAAAUAAUAAUUGUGCUUUACUAAGUUUGGAGAUUAAUAUUUCUACUCCACUCUGUUUGCAUUACCAAGAUGUUCUUCAAUAAAUUACAAAAAAUUAA